AUGGCCCCAGGAAUCUCUCUUGAAGAGCCAAAAGACGGCAGCUAUAGCCGGUCCGCCUGCUCCGAAUGCCAGCGUCGUAAGCAAAAGGGCAAGAAGAGCAAGACUCCGAAGCAAUACUACCUAGACCCCAAAACGAGCCCGCAGCUUCAGCGCGCUCUCCAGACCCUCCCCCCGAGACCAUAUAUCGACUCGAUGAUCCAGAACUUUCUCAGCAACGUCAAUUACUACUACUACAUCGUGUACCCGCCCAACUUCCUCACAGAGUACCAUGAAUGGUGGGCCGACCGUGCCGCCAACCGGCCGCUUGGCCUUCCAUGGACCUGUCUUCUCAUCAUGGUCUGCGCCUGUUCGGUCCAGCACACUGACGCAGAGAUGGGCGCCGGUCUCGAGGCCGACCUUGGCCGUACCGUCCAGCAACUGACAGAUCUCUACCACGACGCCGCGCGUGAGCUUCACAGCGCCAUCCCCGUUGGCAACACGCACAUGUUUACGGUGCAGUAUCUCUUGCAUUCGUGCUACUGGUUCAAGGCCGAGGCACGCUUUGUCGAGUGCUGGCACGUCUUGGGUGCGGCCAUUCGCGAGGGACAGAACCUUGUAAGACCAGACCUGCAUCGGGAAGCCACAGGAAUCCCUGACUUUGAGCGCGAGAUGCGUCGCCGCCUCUGGUGCCUCCUGGAUGCCUGGGACUGGCUCGUCUCGGCUCUGCUCGCGCGCCCCAUGCUCAUCGAUCGCUCCGACUGCGACGUUGGCCUCCCGAGCUUGACGCUCGAGGAUUACCCGACCUCGCCGCUGCUUCACAUGAAGCUGCAGUCCGAGCUCGUCGCCCGCAUCUUCAAGCGCUUCGGCCCUCCGAAGUACCUGACGGAUCCCAAUGACAUUUUCGAGUACUUAAGACAUCCUCGAGAGCUGGAUGCUUACAUUUCCCACCGUUCGUUCCCCUUUGUCGACACGGACCGUCCAUCAGGAGGUCAAUACGUCUGGUCGCGCGACACGACGUUUCACUUUGUGCCCUUUUGCAUCUUCGACACGGCGACGCUGCUCGUGUCGGCCGUGCUGCACGACGAGGCCGGCACCCUGCCGCGCAAGGACGAGGUCACAAAGGCCAUCGACCUGGCGCUGCACACGCUCAAGAGGCUCACGACCGCCACCGAGACGGCCAAGACGCCCUACGACAUCCUCCGCCGGCUCUCGAGCAAGCUGCCGCGCGCCCACGGCGCCCUCCGGGGUGCGGACGCCAAGCAGCGCAAGAAGCUCAAGGUUCUCGAGGCGCCGCUGGCCGUGCCGCCUGCGCAGCAGCACCAGCCUGCCGUCGCGGGCUUUACGUACGGUACCGACCCCAAUCAUUUCCCGGGGUACAUGUACCCGCCCUCGGAGGAUUCAGGCAUCGGCAACGGCGGCACCGGGUCCAACAAUACGCACUCGCCUGCCACGGCCUCGAGCUCGGAUGGGUCCGGCCUCGCCACGGUGUACCCCAGUGCGAACGGCAACGGGCACAUCCACCAGCAGCAGCAGCAGCAGCAGCAGCCUCACCAGAUGAACGGACCUCCCCAGGUUGGGCUUCCGCAGGUCGGACCUCCGCAAGUCGUGCCGGGGCAGUAUGCCGACUCGUGGGCUAUGCCCAACGUCGAGCUGCCAGCCCAGCCGGCGGGCAUGCCGAUGCAGGAUAUGGGCUACGGCAUGAUCACGGAUGCCGAGCUGGCAAACCUUGGAGAUCUGGGAACCAUGUGGCACUGGCAGGGCCUCAACCUGGAUUUCACCGGGAACACAAUGGUGUAG